AUGAGCUUAGUCUUAUCUCCAACCACCAUCAAAGUCGUGUCAUUUCUGGCACCCACGCUAUCCCUCACAACCUCUGCGUCGAUCCUCGGCUACACAUUCUUCAUCUCCCCACUCAUCAUCUCAACGACCUCUGAUUCCGCUUCCAAGGGUCUUGCUCAGCUACGACCGUUCUUCGAAGGAGGCAAGUACAUUUUCCCUCCUUCUUCUGUAAUCUGUACCGCGCUAUGGUCGGUCCUGGCAUACUCGUCCCCACUCCAUCGAACUGCUUACUCUAUCGCCGCUGCUGGAGCUUUCGGUAUCCUCCCAUUCACGAGUCUCUAUAUGAUCCCCGUCACAAACAACAAGCUCUUGGACCUGGAUGAUGCUGCGAAGAGGGGAGACGUGACUGUAGACGCGAAGAAGGAGCAGGUACAAGCGCUCAUGGAGACAUUUGGCAAACAGAACCUUGUCCGAGGCGGCAUGUUUCUCGUUGGAGGAUUGGUGGGACUCUGGAGUCUAUUAGGUUGA